UAUCCGGGAAACCGUUCAACAAUCCCCAACCGUCAUCACCGCGGUUGACCUGGAAUUCUCUAGCUGCAGCUUGAUUGACGGAGCUUCAGCUUCGCGCCCUGUUGUCGUGGGGGAAAAAAAAUAUCAAGUCAGGAUCGGCCCUGAGAUUCUGAGGACCGUUGCAUAUUUUCUCCCCUCUCCAGCAGUCCCCGACUUUCUACCUCGAGCCUUUCCUUUAACGUCGAAACGGUUCUCCCUUUGCCGUUUCCACAAUGUCGGCAUCGCAACCGGGCUCACCGCUCAACAUCGAUCGUUAUGUCGUGAUUCACGUCGCUACUACCUGCGAUGAACACGGCGUCUACGUCACCAAGGAUUCCGCCGAGGUCAUUGAACUCGGCUGGAUCCUUCUCGAUGCCAAGUCGCUCGAGGAAAUCACUCGUGAGAGCGUUCUUGUCAAGCCAAUCAACACGCCAAUCACUCCGCUUUGCACGAGCUUGACCACUUUGACCUGGGAACAUGUUAGGAACGCGGGAACUUUCCGAGAUGCGAUUAAUCGCUUCGAUGCUUUUGCCAACGAGUACUUGACAUCGCAAAAUCUCGACUUCGUCUUCGUCACUCUCGACGCUUGGGAUCUACGGGUCCAGCUACCCCGCGAGGCUCGUGACAAAGCUGUGGUUCUUCCGCCUUACCUCCAGCACUCGCGAACGUUCGACCUCCGUACUGAAUACCAGAGAUGGCAACAACACCAUCCGGAGUCGCUGCCCUUCGGACCCUCGAUGCUCUCCAACAUCUGCGCUGCCCUCGAAGUCGAGCCUAUUCAGACGAGCGCUCCGAUCAAGCAUAACCUACCCUUCCAUCUUCAAGCGCUGGCCCCUGCAUCGCCUCGCCGUGCUAUGGAGGAGGCCGUCACGCUCACUCGCGUCCUCCGAGGGCUUAUUAGAAAGUCUCAACCGCCCCAUGAGCACCCGGAUGUCCUCACCCGUCCCAUGGAUGCACGGGCUGAUGUUCGUGCUUUCCUCUCGGAGCGGAGCAAGGUUCUCCACAUGUCGGGUCUCCCCCAUGAUACUACCCAGUCCGAACUCGAGAGCUGGUUUACUCAGUUCGGCGGCCGUCCCAUUGCCUUCUGGACUCUCCGUACACCCGAACAACAUAAGCCCACUGGCAGUGGCUUUGCUGUGUUCUCCUCUCACGAAGAGGCUGCUGAGAGUUUGUGCAUGAAUGGUCGCGCUCUGAACGAAAAGGCGAUCGAGGUGUCCCCGUCGUCCAGCCGUGUCCUUGACCGUGCUGCUGAGAUUUUGACUCCUUUCCCACCGAGCAAGAACCGACCUCGACCUGGCGACUGGACCUGCCCGUCUUGCGGCUUUUCCAACUUCCAGCGACGCACGGCCUGCUUCCGGUGCUCGUUCCCUGCCAUUGGCGCUGCCCCGACUGGCGAUAUGGGAUACGGCUACAGUGGCUAUGGGCCUCCGCAGAUGAUGCCCCCCCCUCAGCAUCACCAUGGCCACAUGGGACAUGGUGGCGGUCGCAUGGGUGGUAGCGGUGUCGUCCCCUUCCGCGCUGGCGACUGGAAGUGUGGUAACGAGGUAUGCGGUUACCACAAUUUUGCCAAGAACGUUUGCUGCCUUCGUUGCGGCGCCAGCCGUGCCGGCGCAGCCGUCGUGGCCGACUCGGGCGGUUACCCUGCGCAGAUGGAUGGUUCUUCCAGCUACGGCAUGAAUCAGGGAUCCAUGGGCGGCGCUCCUGGCCCCGGUCCUUUCGGCUCGGCGGGAGGAAAUUUCGGCUCCAGUGGAGGGUAUGGCGGUCAGCAUUUUGGCGGCCCUCCCAGCACGUACGCUCUUCCCUCGGGCUUGGGCGGCGGUGCGGCUCCUUAUCCAUCCUCUCUAAACACCAACCAGUUUGGACCCGCCCCUGGAUCCCAUUCGGCGGGCCCUUUUGACAGUCGCGCCGCUGAGGCUGCCUUCCAGUCUGCCUCUAAUGGACCUGCGUCUGCUGGACCGUCCAACAACUUCUAUGCCCAGAAUGAGAGCGACCCGUUCGCCUUCCUUUCCAGUGGAAUUGGAGGUCUCUCUGUCGGUGGUGGGGAUGCCCGCCAGAACGGCGGUUCUGCUCCCCCCAGCAAGUCGCCCGCCUAAAUCCUUUCAAACGGUCUUGAGGCCAU